GUUGUCAAGAUGCUUGCUUGUUGUCGUUCGUUUGUGCUCUAUUAGCGUGCAUUUAUGGAUUGUUCUGUUUUAGGAGGAAAAACAUAUGACAAUAUUUGCAAGGCAGGUGCUUUUGGAAUCCAUAGAAUCCUCUUUGCUUUUCAAACCCAUUGUCUUAUGUAAAAUUACUCAAUAUAUUUACAGUGUAACGCUUCACUAUGAUUGACGUAAAGAAAAAGAUAAUACAAAAAUUCAAUGCCGAACUGGGUUCCGAUCUGAAAGGGUUCGAAAAAAUAUAUGAAUUUCAUCAAGGUCUUAAUCUACAGAAAGAUGAAAUCGAAAAAUCGUUAUCAAUGGCAUCCUCCGAAGCUCCUUCAAAAGUGAAAGUGGUGAUAGAAAGCGUUGAGAAAAUAGAUACCACGUUUCAGCAGUUAGAAGAAUCUUCUGCACAGUUUAGAAAUGAUAUACAGAAAGCACUGCAUGAAACUGAUAAAAGUAUAGACAUGCAAAGAAUUAUUAACACGAUAAGUCAUUUGGAUAAGACAUUGGCGUAUCUAAAUUUCAUAAAACACGUUGAAAGCAUUAGCGAAAAGAUUCAAAUAGCAUUAGCAGCUGGCGAUGAUGAAUCAACCGUGUCAUUGUAUACUAAUUUUACAGAUAUUAGUAGUCAAUUGCAAUUAUCUGCCUGUCAUCACCUUGUGAGUUAUGUAAGGGAAACACUUCACUUUUGGCACAACCUCAUAAAGGAUAAAUUAUCCAAAGAAUACAAUGAUGUAUUAAAAGCAUUAAAAUGGCCAUUUUGUGGGAAUAAUUCAAAUUCUUUAAACACAUCUAUGACAGACACUUUAACUAAAUUUAAAAUACUUACCGAAUAUUUAUUACAUUUACAAUUACCUUACUCCUUAAUAGACUGUCGCAGAAAAGAAUCUAUUAAACCAGUGGUCACUUCAGUGCUGUUAACAGAUUUUGCACCAGUGAGUUUGCCAAUUUCGCUACUGGUACGGCCUCUGAGACAAAGGUUUAUAUAUCACUUCACAGGUACUAAAUUAACAAACCGACAAGAUAAACCAGAAUGGUUUUUUACUCAAAUAUUAACAUGGAUUAAACAUCAUGUUCAGUGGAUACAAAAAAACGUUCAACCAGUAGCAAAUUCAAUAGGUUUCAGUCACAUAGACAUGAAGGUAGAAUUCAUGCAAAGUUUGGUACAAUUGGCUGUUGAAAAACUUCAUUCGGAAUUAUCAAUAGUGCAGUACGAUGAUGCCUUAUUCGCUCAUUUGGUGGACGAAGCUUUAGGUUUCGAAAGAGAAUUGAGAGAAACAUUAUUCUAUCCCCCAACGCAACCAGCCACCGUUUUCGUCCUUACCCAAGCCCAUGUUUUCGUAAAGUGGAUUAACAUGGAAAAGAAAUAUGCUACCGAGAAAAUGGAUGCAAUUUUAAGUUCAAGUACUGCUUGGGAAAAAUUAUCCAGUUCUGAUACCGAUGAUAUGAAAGUAACCGAAUGCGCGGAUGCUUUCCUUACGCUUCUUACAACGAUAUCCGAUAGAUACAAACACUUGCCGCAACCAGGUCAUAGAUUACAGUUUCUUGAACUGCAAUUAGAAUUGAUCGACGAUUGGAGAAUAAGGCUACUUCAGUUAUUACACGAAACCAACGAAGACCCUUUAACAUCCCUUAUGCCGUGGAUUCUCAAUACUUUACAUUACGUUGCGACCGUUUUAGAGGAAUGGGGUGUUACAGUGCAUUUCUUGCAACUGUAUUUCUUUAAAAAACAAUUUGAGGCGGUCGAAUCAGCGACAUCGGAAGGAAGUGAUAUUAACGAAACUAUGGACGAAGUGGAAGGCUCUGUGUUCGAUGAAGCAGUUGCUCUCGUCAGAAGGUUAGAAAAGGAAUUGAUAAAUGAAAUUAGCGAUGCUGUAGCCUUAGACGUUAAAGCGAGAAGCAGACCGUAUAGAACGGACAAAUGGUUCGCCAUGCAGUCCGCCAAGGAAGUUGUUUCUUUGUCAGUUACUCCGAGUGGAUACUCUAUGUUUCAAGAAUUGGCGACCCAACUUAAUCAGUUGUACAACACACUCGCGUUACCCCUAUUCAAUCAGGCUUGGAAAAACUUGGCCUUACAACUCGAUCAAUUCCUUUUAGAAGAAGUUAUUUUGGUAAAUCAUUUCAAUAGAGGCGGUGCGGAGCAAGUAGAAUAUGACAUUUUUAGGAAUUUGUUUCCAUUAUUCGGCUUAUACAUCAAUAAGCCAGAAUCGUAUUUUCCACUAAUUAAAGAAGCAUGCAUUUUACUAAACAUUCUGUUGGGUUCAGCAAUGUUAUUACUCGAAGCUUUAAACAGCAACGAUGAGUCUAUGGGAAGAGAGAUACUAGCGGAUAUCGGCGUUCAUAAAAUGUCUCCUAAACUUGCUUUAAAAGUACUCGGAACGAGAACCGAUAUCGCCUACAUAUAAAGAGAUAUUCUUUUAUGUAGCGAACAUUUAUAUAAUCGAAGUUAAUAAAAAUGUACAAUUUUUACUUGGAUUUACAUACAUACUUGUCUAAAUGAUUCGUACGUAAGAUUUAACAAAUUAAUGUAAUACCGCCAUUAUCUGCGCCUAAUAGCAGCAACCGAUUAAGGGGAAG